UUUGCCUUCAGGGCGUUUUUUGUUGUCUUAUUUACUGUUUUCUAUAGCGGGUUGGUAAGUUUUAGGUGUCUGACGCAUAUAGCUGUGUAAAUAACUGAAUGUGCUCUUAGAAAAAGGUGCAGCCUGGAGGUCUGGAGUAAGAAGAAGGUAGGGUUCAAAUGUGUCAAGUUUCGACUCAGCGGCUGUGAGAUUGCGUGGGCAUGUGUUAUGCAAUAGGCAAAACUCCGCCUACAGGUACACUGAGGUUUUCACUGUCCAAAAAGACGGCUUUGUCCUUUUGGCAGCGAUAGUCGCGAUCCGAACUCUAAUAAACUUUCAUGAAGAGAUUUAUACAGAAGAAUUAAUCAGGCGGAGUAUGUAUCGGAUAUUACCUCUGCUCCUCCUGGGAGGAUUCUUCCUGACAGGCGUGCGGCAUGUUACUGGGAUAGAAAUUAGAACGGAGAAGGAAAUGGACGGAGUCAACGGGACGGAUGUGAAACUAAGCUGCACCUUCAGUAGUACUCAUCCGGUGACUCCAGGUUCUGUCACAGUAUCCUGGUACUUCCAACCCCUGAAUUCAAAACCCGGCGAGUCUGUGUUUUACUACGAGAACGAAACGCCUCACCCUCCAACGUCUCCGCAGUUCAAAGGGCACGUAGUGUGGUCGGGAGAUAUCAUGAGAAAAGAUGCUUCCAUCACUCUCCGGACAGUGAAUCCAACUUUUAAUGGCACCUACAGCUGCCAAGUGAGAAACCCUCCAGACUUUCACGGCAAUAUUGGAGAGAUCAACCUCAGAGUGGUCAACAAAGUGUCCCUCUCUGAGAUAAGUUUCCUGGCGAUCAUAGUUGGAGGUGCUUGUGGUGUAAUCCUGCUCAUUCUCACUAUCAUUAUGGCAGUGAAGUUCUACAAGAAAAAGAGAAGGGAAGAUGACUUUGAGCUGCACGAGCAUGAUUUCAAAGACCCAACUGUGUGCAAACCCGAGGAGGCAGAGCAUCUGACAGCCAUGCAGAAGAAAAAAGAGGUCAGUUCAGACGAUGAAGAGUCUGAGCCCAGCAGUGGAGAGGAUGACGAUGAUGACGAUGAUGAUGACGACGACGGUGAUGAUGAUUAGAUAGAUGCAUUUUUCUUUAAUUCAGUUUGUUCAUUCACACAAAUUUAUUGGGAUGAUCAUGCGGAUGUGAUGCAUUCAGAAAGUUUUGUGAGCGCCCAUGAAAAGCAAAAACUUCUUCUGAUUGAAAUCUAAUUUUUCCCUGUAAAGAAACUCUCCCCGUGCACCUCUGAAACACUUCCACCAUAGAGGCUACUUUUUAGAUUUCUAGUUCCCAAUAAGUUUAGCAUUGUGCUUCCAAAUAUCCACCUACAACAAAAAGUUGUGAUACUGUAAAAUGUGAGUAAAAACAGAGAAAAGCAGUGACUUGCAAAUAAGUUAAAACUUUUAUUUAUUUGGAGAAAAAAAAACAAACAAAUGUUGACAUAUUACAAUGUUUUUGUUUUGUUUUUAAAUUUUAUGUCAGCAGCAUGUUUCAUAAAAGU